AUGUUCGCUUCUAUCGUUUGCAGUACCAUCGUCUUUUCAGUGCUUUCGUUAAACGCAAACGCCGCAUUCGAUACUAAACAAAUCUACACGAAUCCACUCUCACACGGUUUUGGUGAAGACAUAGAUUGGGUGAAAUGGGAAGAUGCAGUGGAAAUGGCGAUGGAAGUAAACAAACCAAUAUUUCUGUUAAUUCACAAAUCCUGGUGUCAUGCAUGCAAAGCACUGAAGAAAACAUUCCAACAAUCAAAUGCCCGGAAGGCUUUUAAAACGCUCUCUAAAUAUUUUGUCAUGGUAAAUACUGAAGAUGAUGAAGAGCCAUAUGAGGAAGAAUAUAAACCAGAUGGAAAAUAUAUUCCACGUGUGCUUUUCCUCGAUAAAAAUGGUGAUUUACUGUCACAGUUUAAGAAUAAGAAAGCAGAAUACAAAAAUUACGCAUAUUAUUAUUCCUCACCAGCAGAUAUACUCAAUUCGAUGAAGGAUGUCAUGCGAUACUAUAAUAUCGAUGUUCCAGAAAUGAAGAAAGGUCCAAAGCUGAAGCCAAACAAACCAAUUGAUGAUGAAGAUGACAAGCCAUUAAAGGACGAAUCCACGAACGAAAGUACAAAAAACAAAAAACAAAAAAGCAGUAAAUCCGAUUUAUAG